AUGGCUCAACAUUCCAUUCCAUUUAUCUCGGUAAAUCAAGGCGAACUAAAUUUAUCCAAAGCAGAGGUAAACCUAGAGUUUGAAGAAGAGGAUGAGAUCAAUAAUUCUGAUUUUAUGACCAAUCUCGGUGAUACAACUCUACAGGUGUUAUCAAAUAUAGAAUCAUACGUUGGAACGUCAUUUCUCAACUAUGAGAAAAUAUCUCCUGCCAUGAGUGCUCACUUAAAACACAAAUUUCUUUCCCAAGUUAGUGAAGCUUUAAAAUAUGAAAAGGUCAACCCUACACUUGAAAAGACACUUCCCUCAAUAAGAGAGAAAACAGUGAAGAAGAUACAGGACUCAUUCCAUGUCGAUCCAACACUGAGCUUUGUUUUUGGAACACCCUCGACCGACAAGGAUGGCAAGUUAAUUACAAAUAACAGUAGGAAAAAUUUAUUCUUAAAGAGAGACGAUGUGAACACUUACUUGGAACUAGUGGACAAUACCUUUAUACAGGAGAAUUACUAUUCUAUUGAAAAUGAUUCGAUUAUUGGAGAAAGCAGUAAGGAAGAUUUGCUUGAUUGUUGGAGAGCCGAAUUCAAAACACGGCAACUCCAUAGUAUACCAGCAAUCCAAAUGAAAGACGUACUCUUCACUUCCUCCUUAUUUAUGGAUCCUUUGAAUAUUGAAAUGCUCAUAUCCUCGAACCUUGAACCAAAAAAUCCAAUUCUCCAAUUAAUUCAAGCUCAAAGUAUAUCAACACAUGAGGAUUACAUUGGAAAAUUGAAAGGAUUAUUCAAAUAUAACAACUUACAGUGGAUGGGAACAUAUCAUUCACAGUGCCUACGUGAUUUUUUUGGAACUGACUUGAUUGAUGUUACUAAUGUGAAUAAUGCACGAUCUCUCAGCAUGUCCAUAGAUUUGGAUAAUCUCUCAAGUAUUGCAUACUCAUUUCUCAAAAUCUCUGAAAAUCACCGUAGCUUGUGCAAUCAGGUAUUUGAAGAAAAUAAUUCGAGCGCUCUAUGGAGAGACUUUUACCUUGAUAAUUACCAAGUUCUAAACCCUAUGAAAGAUCUAUCAGAAUCCAUUCUAGAAAAUAGUAUCCAGCACACAACUUCAUUGAGAAUUUUAAAAGAGAUUGGAACCCACCAAAGUAAUAAUGAAGUGAGCAGUAAUUGUGAUUGGAUUUCUCUAAUGAAGUCUAUAGCCAACAAACUCCAUUUUAACAAAUCUAUAUUCUGUAACUUUGUGGAUGAAUUGGAUAAAGCAACAGUGAAGUCUAAUUUUUUGGAAUUAUCAUCAAUAAUAAUGAAAUUCUAUUACUCAAUUCAUCAAGUAAUGACAGAAUUAGUUGAGAUUUUGCAAACACAAUCCAUAAGCGAAUUAUUCAUUGUUUUAUUGUUAAUAUCCUCCAUUGGAAACAAAACAUACUCUAUUAUUGAUUUCAGCUUUUCUAAUGCGCUGAAAUCUCGAUAUUUUCAUACUCGGUUUGUUGAAUUGAUACUGCAUCUGCUGCACCAACAAGAUGAUGAGUGCAAAUUCCAAUCAAUAGCUAAGGACAUUCAAAUGUUAUCAUUUCUGAAUGUAUGCUUGAUUGGAUUUAGAGAUGGUCUCUUCCUUUCCAAGAUUAAAAUUGCUAGAGCCAUUUCUAUGGAACUAAUUUCCAAUACUCAAUCAAUCAAUAGAUCAUAUUUAGAAUCUCCAAUUUUAAAUAUUUGCAAAAUACGAAUAGGAAAUAAUUACAUGCUCUCAAAUAGAACCACUGCAAGGUUACUAGUUUAUAAUCACUUGAAAAUUGUGAAUGAAAAGUCAAAAGAAAUGAAAUCCAUUGAAGACAAACUACUUUUGGAAAAUAUGUUUGUGGAAAGCAAAACUCAUGAAUCUAAAACUACGAAAAGCGACAAGAACACUUUAAAAGGCGUAAAUUUGAUAUCCAUCAAGGAUCAACAAGUUGUGAAAAACUCUUACAAAUUUUUGGAUGAUCAGCUUAAAGAAAUUAUUCAUGAAAUGCGACCAAAAUCACAAAAAAGUCACCAACCGAUUCUAAAUGAUGAGAAGGAUGACUUUGAAGACAUUCUGGAUAGUUUAUCAUCAGUUUGUGAAGUUAUUAUUGUACCCUCUGAAGAUUCUGAGACUCUGACACGCUCUCCAUCAAAAGUGAAGAAAAUGCUAUUGGAAUCAUUGCCCUCAUUACUUUUUGAGAUGUUACACACUUUUCCAGACUCUGUAAAUCAUUGGCUUUCCUUCAUUGUGCAACAGACCAUGUCAUUUCUUAAAACUUUAGAGUGUUGUCAAAUAAUUUCACUCAAAUUCAAAAUUCAUGGAGAAAAGUCUGUACAAUUAACCAGUAGAAAGGUUAGCUUUGUGGACAUUUCCAUGUUCUUGGCCAUGCAAUGCGCAAACGCUUUAUUUCAAACCAUACGGAAGAAUAUUGAACCUUUUAGCAAGAUUUUAUUCGAAAUGUGCCUCAUUGUCGAAAACUUUCUCAUUCCAGAUAAUGAAGCCAACAAUGCCUCCCAAAACAUUCAAUCCUUGAAGGCCAAACUAGAGAAAUACGCUCUCACAAUCCAAGAAAUACUGAAACCAGACUCUCAUUACAUAAUUCAAUCAAUAAGAAAUCAAGUUGGUCAAGAAGAAUUCAUUGAUAUUAUCAAUCAUUUACAAGUGGAAAAUGAGGAAGGCCUUUCCCAAAUAUUGGAACAUGAAAUAUUAUCCUUCACCAAACAACACAUUAUACAGGAACGUUUAUUGGACUAUCACUUGUGUAUGAAUCAAUUUUAUGGAGAAUAUUUGGAAAAUAUGAUUCCUCUUGGUGAAACUAUAGAGUAUUUGAAACUUUCAAUAUACGAAACAAAUAUUCCAAUGCCAAAUCGUCAUUAUUGGAGAGAACAGCUCUUUUUGAGUUUGGAUUUUGAAGAGUACGCAGAAAUACUCCAACAAGUACUUGAUAGCUGUCCUAAGGAUUUGGAUGAGAAUGCAGAAUCGAGUACAUUAAUUCUACUCCAACAAUUAAUUCUCGUGUUGGGUAAUUAUCCAUUUCACAAGCUACUCACAUCUACUGAGAAUGAUAGUAUUCCCUAUCUUCAUCCGAUUAUUCAUUCGUCAGUGAUAUCAAAAAUUGCCUCUGAUCCUCUCAUUCAACAAGAAAUUACAAACAUGAAACCUUCACUCAAAGUAUUGGUGGGAAAGUUAUUUGAUGCCUUGAUUAGAAAGUGUUGUCAAGCCAAAAUGGAAUUCAACAUGAACUAUAUCAAAUCUGUCAAGCACGAAUUAAUCAAAUCCUUACAUGAAUCACACAAUUUAGCUGAAAACUAUCGUGCAUCCAAUAUGGUUCUAUCAGAUAAGUUACACAAUUUUCUAAUUAAAAACUAUUCAAGAGGAGGAGAGGAAUAA